AUGGUCUCUCUAUCCACUCUUCUCUUCGCUUGCACCGCUGCAAUCGGCGCCUUCGCCGCCCCUACCAAAGACCUCUCCUUGUCAGAGUCAAGCCUAAUCGAGCGCUCCACCCCUAGCUCCACCGGCUAUCACAACGGCUACUAUUACUCCUUCUGGACCGACGGCGGCGGCGAUGUGACCUACACCAAUGGUGCCGGCGGAUCGUACACCGUGCAGUGGUCCAACGUGGGAAACUUCGUCGGCGGAAAGGGAUGGAACCCUGGGAGUACACGAACCAUAAGCUAUAGCGGAAGCUUCAACCCCAGCGGUAAUGGCUACCUCGCCGUAUACGGCUGGACCCAGAACCCGCUGAUUGAGUAUUACAUCGUUGAAUCGUACGGCACGUAUAACCCCGGCAGUGGGGGCACGCACCGUGGAACGGUGAGCUCUGAUGGGGGCACGUACGAUAUCUACACCGCGACUCGAUACAAUGCGCCCUCGAUUGAAGGGACGGCGACGUUUCAGCAGUUCUGGUCGGUUCGCCAGUCGAAGCGGACUUCGGGGAGUGUCAAUACGGCGAAUCACUUCCAGGCGUGGUCUCAGCUGGGGAUGAGUUUGGGGACGCAUAAUUAUCAGAUUGUGGCGACGGAGGGGUAUCAGAGUAGUGGAUCGGCUUCGAUUACUGUGAAUUAG